GUUUUUAAUAUUAUUGUAGAUGAUAGAAUACCUGUCGGAUAUCGUUUCAUCGAUGUCAAUUCCAACUGAUUUGCAAAACCAACUGAAGUAUCAAACACCAAAUUCUGAUCAACAAAAUAUGCAAAAAAAUGUUCCUCUAACAUUUGAUCCUGAGAUUAUUACACCAUUAUAUGAUGUUAAUGACUUGUAUCAAAAUGCUAAAUGUUUUCAAAAUUAUCACGACAUUUGCAAUAAAACGAAAAAUAAAAAAUCAAAGAAAAAUGACAAAUUUCAAAUUACUACACAAUUUUUAUUUGGUCAUUAUAUGCCACCAUAUUAUUCAGUACUAAACCAUACAUUAAUGAACAGAUUGAUAGUACACUUAAAGAAUCCUAAUUGUCCAUCUGCUAAAACACUCAGGAUGCAUGAAGAAAUUAUUGAACACGAACGAGAAAUUUUUAAGGAUUGGCUUUCAAAUCUUUGGGAAGAAAAUUUGAAAAAUCGUCGACUCAAUUCCAUACCAUUUAUUGAGAGUUAUAUUGAAUCAGCUUGUAAUUUUUCGAAUAAUUAUAUUAAAUCACACUACAGUGGUACAUAUAGUUCUAAGAUGAAGAUCGACUAUUAUAUAAGAGAUGAAAAUGAAGACAGUAAAGUUGAAAUGAUAUAUUGUAAAAGACUACAGUCUGCUAAAAUAAAUUCAAUUAAUCUUCCUCCUUUAGAAAUUGAUAUUAAAAAUCUAGAAACAAAAGUUUCUUUUACAGAUGGUAUGUUUGAUCCGCCACAAAAAAUUCCUUUCAAAGAAGAUGAACAUUGUCCUAUACUGUCAAAAACCCAUAAUAUUGAUGUUAACAUAUGUUUAAGUAGUAUAAAAAAUAUAAUGAAUCUAGAGAAACCCAAUAGUUUAUGGAUUAUUCCUGUCAAUAUAGAUAUUGAUAUUGAUGAGUGUAAGACAGUUUAUGUUGGAGGAGCAUUGUGUACUGGACAUUUCUCUCAGCAAGAAAAAAGUUGGUACUAUCUCAGAAAAGAACUGAAAAAAAAAUUCAGAAAAACUUUACCCAAUGAAACCGUUCAGAAUCAAUGUAAUAAUUACAACUAUGAUAAAUGGACGUUAAAAGUUACCGAUACCAAUGGCACUGAAAAAUCAUUAAAUGUACUUGUAAGAAAUAAACCUCAUGGUAUACAACAUCAAUUCAAACCACAAAAUUCUCCAACAGUAUUAAUGCCAAAAAUUGAGUAUCAACCAGAAUUUGGCUUUGAAAAAGUCAGUGAAGAACAGCUUGUUGAAUAUUGGCUUGAUACAACCUUCAGAUGUCCCAAAACCAAAUUAGCUUUAGUCUCAGUUCAGCAUAAUAUGGAUCUCAUGCAGGUAAAAUGGACAAUUGACGAGACAGACAGUUUAAGUUCAAAUGGUAAAGAUCAAAAGUAUCUACAAAGGUUAUAUCUUACUCUAGACAAACUCACACAAUUAGGCAAAGGAGAAUAUGUACUGCUUCAUAAUCCUAAAAAACCAUUCCAUGUUGAUCUUUACCAGUCAUCAAUGUAUGGUGGUUUCAAUUUAUUGAAUAUGUAUUUUGUUUUACAACAGACUGAUGUUUCUGAUUCAUUGGUUUGGAAUCCUAUAGACUCUCAAGUAUUAUGUCCAAUUCAUAAAUACUUCAAUAUUGCACCGUGCAUGUUCAGGCCAAAUCCUGAAGAAUUAGAUAUCCAAAUUAUAACUCAACAAGUUAAUAAGUACAAUAGAGAUAAGAAAGCCAAAGAGGAUUAUGAAAAUGCACAACUUCAAAGAAAAAAGAGGAUAAAAAUGGAGAAAAAUAAAAUCAAAAGGAAAUUAAAAAGAGAAAGUGAUAUUUUAUACAAAGUCAAAAGUAAUAUUAAUUAAUUGACAUAAGGAAACUAAAAACAAUCUGAACUUAAUUUUGAUGAUAAUCAAAAGAUUGUGAUAUUUUUAAUUUAAAAACAAAUAUAUUUUUCAUAGUUUAUUAAGUAUAAGUAUUGGUUUUUU